AAUUUCUUAAUAUUUCGGAAAUGAAAUGGAAUCAAUAAUUCAAUUAUAUCUUGCGCAACUGAGUUUCCUGUAUCCCUAAAAACUAGAGGCAGAUUUCAACAGGCAAAGAUACAUACCACAAUUGAAACUUCUAAAAUUGCUUUAAUUAAAAAAUAGCCAUACAAAGAAAUUUUUAAUUUUAAUAAAUCAAAAUGAACAUCCAUCAGCAACAUAAUCUACAUUUGCAACAAUCAUCCAAUACCACCAGCAAAAUGAACCAACAUAAUACCACCAGCAGCAAUAACACAUUAUCCACAGUUAAUACACAUACAAUAACAACAAAUAUAACAACAGGUACAACAACAAUACAAACAACAACAACGGCAGCAGCAGCGGCAGCGGCGGCAGCUGUAGGUGUGACAAGAGCUAUGAGCCCGCCAAAUAAUGCACGUAGUCCUUCACCGGAUGGUAGUCGGGACUACGAUGUGACACGUAUGAGAGAGCAAGAUUUUCAACGGCUGGCCGUCUAUAUAGUUCCAGAUGUGCAGUGCGAGCGCGGCACACCGAAUAGGGCAGAUAAAACGCUGCCACGUAGUUUAACUUUGAAGCCAUCAAUGGUUUUUUCAACGCCAAAUGUUAAGACUGAAGGAGUUUGGAGCAUCGGUGUUAUACCACGCGGCACACGUUUUGGUCCAUUUGAAGGUGUUCCAACUCCACAAUAUCCCAACGAUAAGAAUAAAGCAAGAUACUUCUGGCGGGUGCAGGGAACACGCCACAUUACCUACGGGAACAUUAAGAUCUUCAAGGAUGAUGAUUUUUACUACUUGGAUGGUUCGGAUCGUGCACAGUCUAACUGGAUGCGUUACGUAGCCUCCGCAUAUAGUCUAUCCGUCAUGAAUUUGGUUGCGUGUCAACAUCAGGAGAAUAUCUACUUCUAUACAACACGGGACAUUAGACCCAACGAAGAGCUGAUGGUCUGGUACUGCAAGGAUUUUGCUAGGCGGCUUGGCUAUGAUGUUGAUCCGGAGCGCACUAUAUUUGGCGCCUGCAAGCAUUCAGCAGAAGAAGACGAAGAUGAAGACAUGACUGAAGAGGAUAUGUUAUGCCACAAGAAACCCUCCACUUCACCAUAUGCCAUGCCUGCACCAGAAAUUCCACAUGAGGUGGCCUACAACCAUAUUACGUAUGUUAUGGGUCUACGUUUACCACCGCCUGUACCAACAGCAGCUUCAAGUAAUUCAAAUAGACCUUCAAUCACACCCAGUCCUUCCCCGCCCAUUCCCAACACAGUAUCAGCAAAUACCAGUAGCCAACAACUAACACAGCAGCAACAUAUGCAUCCGCAUAUACUGCAUAGUCAGCAGCAACGUUUACACACGCAUCAAGUCCCGCACCAAAUUCCUCACCAUCAAACCCUGCAUAAUGUCUUGCAAGAGUCGACUUCAGUUAUUGUACGUGAUCGUUCUCCAGCCAGUAGCGAUUGUGGCUCGAAAGAUGUGAAGGACACGCAGUAUGAACACCAAUUAACGCCAAACGAUGGCAGCGUACGUUCAGUGCGUUCCGAUGAAGGCUAUCAUAGUAAUGAGUACCACGAGGACAACUUGACUCCACCAGAAGAUUCCAGUGAUAGCGAAAGCGAACACAAUUACGUGUUGGACUGUUCUAAGAAGGCAAUAGCACCCAAAGAGACUGUUAUAACUCACCCACAGAAACAAACUAACAUUGUUGCAAACAACAGUGGCGUGGCAGUAACCGCUGCAGCUGCCGUCGCCGACUGCGACAAAAAUGAAUAUCGCAAAUUUAAGGUUAAAAUGCCGCUUAAAUACGAGUUCAAAAAUAGCAAAUGCAGCAUCAAGACUGAGGCGUGCCACGCCAACACUAACCUAAAUGAAUCACCAACUGAAACGGCCAACGCCACAUCAAGUGAGGAUGAUCUUUUAGGUGCGACUGAAACAACAAUCCCUUGCACUACGUCCAUAAUGAAUGAUGAGCCAAUGGCACAAGAACAUGAGCCAGCAUCGACCACACAUGGCUUGACGCAACAAGCUUCGAGUACUGUCAUUGUGCUAGAGCACAGUGCUGCGCAUCCAACACGUACCAUUAUGCCACUAAACAAGCCGUACUACGAAGCUGAAUCAACUUCACCACCGCCAACACAAGGACAAACUGCAUCACCCUACAUACGCUUUUCACCCCCUUCCUCAAGCAUACUUGAAACAAUACUGACCGGUCAGCAUCGCUUGGAAGCUGCUGCUGUUGCAGCUGCCGCUUGCCGCCAGGUAAAUUCCGCAACACCACCACCAACAUCACCGACUGAAAUGGCUUAUUCAUACAAAAAAUCACAACGCUAUGUCAAUGCAGUAAGUCCGGACUCAAGUUCGAAUCUACCGCAAGCACAUGACCAAAUCAAUGAUGCUCAUGAAACCGAGGUGAUUGUCGCAACGACACGCAUUAAAGAAACAUGUUCACCACCUCCGCAUAGCCAACAUCACGUCAUAUUCUCACCAGCUCCAGCGCAUGCCACUUACGUCAAUGAUGGACAACAAACACCACCCUAUUCCACAUACUCGCCGUACUCCAACGGCAGUACGAAUGGUGGCACAGUACACGGUUUACAUGCACCCACCUCUACGUUCCAUUCACCGCCACACAGCGCACACUCACCAUUUGAUCGUCAGUCCAGCACAUCAAGCGGUUCCAUGCCUAAUUUGCAUUUAUUGCAGAGCAGCACACAAAUGCUUAAUCAUCCAUUGAUGCAACCGCUGGCACCACUGCAGCGUUUAUCACCGCUACGCAUAUCACCACCGAGCAGUCUCAGUCCGGAUGGUAAUUCAUGUCCACGUAGUGGAAGUCCAUUAAGUCCCAACUCAUUGGGUUCACGUGGCUAUCGUUCACUGCCGUAUCCACUUAAGAAGAAGGAUGGCAAAAUGCACUAUGAAUGCAAUGUUUGCUGCAAGACAUUCGGACAGCUAAGCAAUUUAAAAGUGCAUUUACUCCCCUUUUAUCAUUAUCAUAUUACCACUGUUCUGAAGACAAAGUGCAGCAGCACAUGCUCUUCGAAUGCGAAUAGUGAAUGGCGGAAUGCUUGUGAUCACACUCCAUGCAUCCGUGGUAAUAGUGCUCAUGGUUUUGGCAUGACUACGACUGGUUGGGACACAUCAUCAGAUUGCCUAUCGAAAGAAAGCAGUAAAAGAUAUUUGAAGAAGGAAUUCCGAGAACGCGUAAAAGAGGACUAUCCAGAAAGAGUAGAUCAAUGUGGCUAA